AUGGCGAAUCAGAUGAACAUGCGGUUCAUGUCGCAGUUUCUGAACAACGCGGAGCCGGGCCAGAUGGCUGCGCCACAGAAGGUGGGCUCGAUGAUGUCGCCACAGGUGCACAACCGCAGCAUCCAGCAGCAGGUUCUUGCGGCGACGCUUCAACAGCAGCAGCAGCAGCAGCUUCUACAGCAGGUCCAACAACAGCAGGCGGUUUUGGCGGCGCAGAGACUGAGCCAGCAGCAUAUCCAGAAACAGCCGCAGCCCGUGCAGGCCCAGCCGAUGGUGCGGGAGGUGUGGAAGGACAACCUGGAGAGCGAGAUGAUGGUGUUACGAGAGCUUGCUGAGCGGUACAACUACAUUUGUGUUUCGACGGAGUUUGCAGGGAUUGUGGCGCGGCCAAUUGGGUCGUUUCGGUCGACCAAAGACUACCAUUACCAGACGGUUCGUUCGAAUGCGGACCUGUUGAACCUGAUCCAGAUAGGAAUCACGCUUAGCGACAAGGAUGGACGCCGUCCGGAGGGGGUUCCGUCAACGUGGCAGUUUAAUUUCCGGUUCGAUCUGGACGCGGAGAUGUUCAGUCGCGAGAGCGUGGAGUCGCUAAUCACGACCGGACUUAAUUUCAGCAGACUCAAGGAGUUUGGCAUAGAUGUGUUUGAGUUUGCGCAGGCCCUGACCGACAGCGGGCUGUGUUUGAUGAAGGACAACGUGUGGGUGAGCUACCACGCGGGAUACGACUUUGGGUUUAUCAUUUCGCUGCUGAUCAACCGUGCGAUGCCGAUGUGCGAGGAGGAGUUCGAGGAGUGGCUGUCGCUGUACUUCCCGACGUUCUACGAUAUCAAGUACGUUUCUGUGACGCGACUGGGCGGGGCGCACAAGACGCGGUCGCUGGAGACGCUGGCGGAGGAGCUGGGCGUGAUUCGCAACGUGAACCACAACCUGCUGCAAGUUGGGGGCCAGUCGAUGCUGACCCACCUUUGUUUCUGGGAGAUGCGGCGAUUGGUGGGGGACAAGGACCUGGCCGCGCUCAGCAACCAGAUCUGGGGCUUUGUGGACGACAAGGCCCAAUUCACGCCGGAACAGAAGAUGAUGUAUUUAAAUAGAUGA